ACGAAGCGAAGUCCAAAGUUUAAGGUUCGAAAUUUUACUUCAUUAAAAAUCGUAUUUUUUUAAUACAAUGAUAACCAUUACAUUGUAAUAGUCACUUUUGGGAUUGUAGAUACAUCUAUAUUGAAAAUAGAUCUAGAUCGAAAUGGCAGCUAAUACUGGAAAACUAGCUGGAAAAACAAUUUUUAUAACUGGUGCGAGUCGUGGUAUUGGAAAAGCAAUUGCUCUUAAAGUAGCAAAAGAUGGUGCUAAUGUUGUCAUUGCUGCUAAAACAGCUGACCCUCACCCCAAGCUUCCAGGAACAAUUUAUACAGCAUCAGAAGAAGUCCAAAAGGCAGGAGGGAAUGCUUUACCUUGUAUAGUAGAUAUCAGAAAUGAAGAUCAAGUUAAAGAGGCUGUCCAACAGGCAGUUUCUAAGUUUGGUGGCAUUGACAUUUUAAUUAACAAUGCUAGUGCCAUCUCUUUAACUUCAACUUUGGCAACUUCUAUGAAAAAAUAUGAUUUAAUGAAUGGAAUCAAUGCCAGAGGAACAUAUUUGUGCUCACAGGCAUGUUUACCUUACCUGUUAAAAAGUAAAAAUCCACAUAUUUUAAACCUGAGUCCUCCAUUGAACAUGUCAUCUAUUUGGUUUAAAAACCAUGUUGCAUAUACGAUGGCCAAAUAUGGAAUGUCAAUGUGUGUUCUGGGAAUGGCCGAGGAAUUCAAAGAGCAAGGAGUUGCUGUCAAUGCCUUGUGGCCUAGAACAGCCAUCUGGACUGCAGCAAUGGAAAUGUUAGGUGGUCAAGACGGAAAAUCACAGUGCAGGAAAGUGGAUAUAAUGAGUGAUGCUGCUUAUGUCAUCCUAACUAAAGAUAGUCGCCAGUUCACUGGCAACUUUUGUAUUGAUGAUGAAAUUCUAAAGUCAGUAGGAAUCACAGAUUUAGAUCAGUAUGCUUGUGUACCAGGAAGUGAACUUUUACCUGACUUUUUUCUGGAUGGUAGUUCACCAGAAGUCAAAAUCACACAAGGAAAAGAGGCCCUACCUGCAUCCGCUUCAGGCAUAUCAUCAACUUUUAAACAAAUGGAUGCCAUGUUAUCAGAAGAUUUAGUACAAGAUAUUAAAGCAAGCUAUCAAUUUGAUUUGUCAGGUUCAGAACAAGGCACUUGGUAUCUAGACUUAAAAUCUGGAAAAGGUUCUGUAGGACAAACAGCCAUUGAGAAACCUGACUGUAUCAUGUCUUGUGAUAGUCAACUUUUUUUAGAUAUGUUUGCAGGUAAAGCCAGUCCAACUACAUCCUUUAUGACUGGAAAGUUGAAAAUUAAAGGAGAUAUGAAGGCAGCUAUGAAGUUGGAACGUUUGAUGGGGAAAAUGAAGAAAUCUAAAUUAUAAUCAUUUUAAUAAUUAAAGUAGUAUAUUUUUGUUUAUUUAAAAUGCGCUAAUGCAUAUACACUUUUUGUUGUUCAUAUUAACUUUCUAGCAACAAAAAGAUUCAAGUUUAAACUUGUCUUUACAUGUUUUAUUCUUAAUAUCUUUAAUUUUUUUGUUAAUAAAAUAUAUAAAUAUCAUGUGCCAUAUAUGAUUCUCUACCAUUCAUUAUACAUUAUCUUGUCUAUUGACUACAUUAAACAUGACAAGUGAUUUAUUAAUGAAUAAAAAUAUUGUCUAUUAAAAAAUUAAAUUAAAAAAAAAA